AUGUCGUCAAGUCAAUUACUCCCUCGUAUGAAGCGCGAACUGGAGAUCUUGGAACGGGAUGCACCGCCUGGCAUUGUUUGCUAUCCAGUAGAUGAUAGUUUCGUGCGUUUUUGUGCCCAGAUCAAAGGACCGAAGGACACGCCAUAUGAAGAAGGAAUGUUCAAAGUAGAUGUGCAAAUUCCUACUCGCUACCCCAUGGAACCGCCUAAAAUGCAGUUUGUCACACCAAUCUACCAUCCGAAUAUCGACGACGUUGGAAGAAUAUGCCUUGAUAUAUUGAAGAUGCCACCUAACGAACUUCAUGAAUCAACACAGGGAUCCUGGAAACCUUCUUUAAAUAUUUCAACUACGUUAACUUCUUUAAGUCUUUUGAUGGCGGAACCCAAUCCAGACGACCCACUUUUAGUUGAAAUUGCUAGUGAAUAUAAGGAAAAUCGUUCCUUGUUUCUUCAUAAAGCGCGAGAAUCGACCUUAAAGCACGCGGUGGACGAUAAGAAAGCACAUAAUGCCAAGGAUGUGAUUGAAGAUUCCUCAUCGUCCCCGCCAACCGAUAUCCUUAGUUCCGAAAUGCACGCAAAGAGCACCAUUCAAGACGAGCAUAUAGCGGACGCCGACAAUGAAAAAACUCUGACAUGUGCGCCAACGAUCGCCGACUGCAACUCACGGUCAAUUCCUGAACCAUGUCGUGCACAAACUCGUAACAAGAAGGCCCUAAUACAUCGUUGUGCAAAGGAAGUCAAAAAAUCUAUGGCAGAGCCUGUCAACCUAGAGCACACCGAGAAGAGAAAACCUUUCGGUGAUCUUACAAACCAAAAUAAAAAUUCGAGAGUAAACCGUUCGUCCGAAACGAAAAAGUCCUUGAGUGAAAUUAUCAAGAGGCAAGCAAGCGAAAGAAGACCUCUGAGUGACCUUUCCAAUCGAAGUGCUAAUGUUUCCGUGAAUCAAGCACCCGAAAUAAAAUCACAGGCCAUCAGAAAGGUGCAAAUCGAAAAAAGGAAACAUGCGGGGGAUAGUGAUAGUUCGCAGCAAACUUUUGACAUAGCAAAUGCAACCAAAAAGUCACCGGAAGCGAACGGUAAAUCUCAAACGAUUAGUAAAACCGAAAAAAAGCGAAAUCUCUUACGGAUGAAGCCAAAAGAUGGUUCAACAGCAAAAAAAAUAAAGAAAUAG